CCUCCUGUCAUCUCGUAUUUCACCUGCCCUCUGUUCUGACACUGCCCUAGGUUCGGACACCGACUUCUGCUCGUCAUUUCUGCCAGAUCACCAGAGGUAUCCACAGACACUUUCUCUAACAGGAUGGAUUCCGCCGCGUUCCUGUUGCUGGCUCUCGUGUACACCGGGACGCUUCUCAAUGUGUGUGCUACAGAAGUUGUAACUGCCCUGUAUGGAGAGAACAUUGUUGUACCAUGUAAUGGUGGAGCUGCCGCCCCAAAGGAUCUCAUGUUUGUCAAGUGGAAAUACGAGAAAGAUGACGGCACUGUGGGCGAUCUGUUGAUCAAACAAGUGAGAAGCGAGCAGGCCACGGUUCAGGCCACGGACAAUUACUCCGACAGGGUCAGCAUAGACGACAAGUUAGGUCUGCUCAUCACAGAGGCCUCGCUCAAAGACCAGAAGACCUUCACCUGCAUGGUGGUGUCAGCUUUUAACCUCAUGGAGUACCCCGUCUCUGUCGUUGUUUACAAGAAACCAUCUUCUGUUGAGAUUAUGGACAAGUCUGAAGUACUGCAGAAGGACAGAGCAACAACGGUUGGAACAUGUGUUGCGAGGCAUGCCAACCCCGCAGCUACGAUCACAUGGAAAAAAAAUGAAAAGGUCCUGGUAGCCGAUGGGAAAGCUGUUGUCAUCACCCCAAGCAUAAAGCUGGACCCUGCCACUGGCCUGUCCACCACCGCGUCCACCCUCCAGUAUGCAGCCUCCAAGGAGGACGCUGUGGCAGUCUUCACCUGCUUGUCCAAACACCAGCUGAGCAGUCAGGAAGAAGAGCUGGGACCUUUCCCUGUUCACUAUCCAUCGGAGAAGGUGAGCCUUCAAAUUUCGUCCAAGGGGCCCAUUGUGGAAGGAGAUAACGUAACGCUGAAGUGUAACGCUGAUGGCAACCCUCCACCCAGCUCUUUUUACUUCCACAUCAAGGACCAGAAAAUGCUGGUGAAAAAUUCAGACACCUACACUUUGGCCGGCAUCAGCAGAGAGGCAGAGGGUGUAUAUAAAUGCUCACUGGCUGACAACGAGAAAAUGGAGGCAUCCCAAAGCAUCGUUGUUAGCUACAUGGACCUAAGUCUGACCCCCACUGGGAGGGUUGUCAAGAGCAAAGGGGACACCUUGUCCGUGAUGAUGGAGAAGAGUGCCUCGGCUGACACUAAAGUGUCUUGGACAAAGGUAAUGCUGUCAGAGUUCGAUGGGAGGGAAGUGACAAUCCAACCUCAAUUUUAAUAUCUUUAUACUGUA